CAAGACUCGACGAGACCGACAAUACUCAAAAAGAGGAGCCAACCUACCUCACUCUUCCAGAAAAAGGUCCCCGUGUGUGCCAUCUUCAACAUGGCCCCGAGAUCGAGGGGACUCAAUGCGAUUGCUGAUUCUCUGAUUCAAUCUACCAGCAAGAGUUCGCCAGCUCAUGUCUGUCGUUCCUGUCGAGCCGCACUCCGGCAUCCUUCGCUGCAGACUCGAUUGGCAACAACAGCAGCCGCCAAGGCAAGCGUUGAGACACCAUCCAUCUCCCAGGUUACUCCGUCGGGACCAUCAGCUACCCCCGUAGCACAACCAUCCUUCAUCAUCAAAGCCGGCGUGGUCAUCAGUCGGCCACCCCUCAUUACCCCCGAUCCUCACCCCUUCGAGACGGCAUACUACCUCUACCAACGCCGAUUAAACGAACGACUUGUUCUUCCCUUUACCCAAUACUUUUACUACAAACGCAACACGCCGGCCUUUGAAAAAUGGCGCGAGGGUCGACGUGCUCGAAGUGGCACAGCUACCCGGGAUGUUGGUAACUACAAUGCCUACAGCGACGUGUCAUGGAACGAUGAGGUUCUUGUGGGUGAUGACACCGGCUCACCGGCCAAGUUAGUGCAGCAGCUAGUUGCCGAAGAAGGUCGACAGGAUGAGUUCACAGGAAAGGGUGAUCCCAAAUAUGCGGGCUUGAGGAGGAGGACCGAUGCCGAUGAAAAUAAUGAUCAAAGAAGCUUGGAGAGGAGCUUGAGUCGAACUUUGUACUUGCUUCUGAAACCCAAAGGCAAGGAAUUUUGGACCUUUCCCGCAGGCCCGGUGAGCGGCAAGGAGGGUCUCAAGGAGGCUGCCCAACGUGUUCUCUUUGCCUCGUGCGGCGUCAACAUGAACACGUUCUUCGUCGGCAAUCACCCCGUCGGCCACUACAAUCAAGACUCCACACGCGCAAUCAAGGCAAAAGCUUCUUCAUCGCAAGACUCGCCUUCCAAAACAAAUGCUUUGUCCAAGCAAGAUGUUGAAGCAGACACCUCGGGGGAAAAGACUUUUUUCAUGAAAGCCCGGAUCAUGGCAGGACAAGCCGACCUGGCCAUUGCAGAGAACAAAGAUUUCGACGACUUCAAGUGGGUCAGCAAAGAAGAGGUUGAGAAGUUGGUGGAUCCAGAUUACUGGAGAAGAAUCAAGAACAUGCUAGUGGCCCAAUGAGAGGAAUAGGUCGGUUUUGAGAUGAGGGACUGAAUUCAGCGGCCAGCGCCCAUCAGCCAGAGACUGGUUAUGAGCUACACCACGACCCGGGGCAGGCUUGCAGAUCUCACAUCGUUUCUUUCCCCAUCCCCCAAGCCUCAGUUGCGGCUGGCUGAUGUUGUUUUGAUAUCUGCUAUAUACCUGGAUUGUACAAUAUAGUAUUAUCGCUGACCUACCAAUGGUCAUUCCUUGCAGGUGUUGGUAUAGACUUGAGUGCGACACGGCAUGAGAGAGACUCUGACAAGUGAGAAUCAUAAUCACAAUGUAGUUCGAUACUCCCUAGACAAAUUGAUCCGUCAAUUGCAAUAGAC